AUGGGUAUCGAUCUGAACAGCCACCACGUGAAGGGCACUCACCGCAGUGCCCCCAAGAGCGACAACGUCUACCUCAAGCUCUUGGUGAAGCUCUACCGCUUCCUGGCUCGCCGAACUGACGCCUCCUUCAACAAGGUUGUUCUCCGACGUCUCUUUACGUCCAAGAUCAACCGCCCUCCCGUUUCCCUGUCCCGAAUUGUCGCCAACAUCAACAAGGAGGGUGAGAAGCGAACCGUCGUCAUCGUCGGCACCGUCACCGAUGACAACAGACUCCUCGAGUUCCCCAAGGUGUCCGUCGCUGCCCUGCGAUUCACCUCCACCGCCCGCGCCCGCAUUAUUGCUGCCGGUGGUGAGGCCAUCACCCUGGAUCAGCUUGCUCUCCGUGCCCCCACCGGUGGCAACACCCUGAUCCUCCGUGGCCCCAAGAACGCCCGUGAGGCCGUCAAGCACUUCGGCUUUGGCCCCCACAAGCACAAGAAGCCCAAGAUCGAGUCCAAGGGCCGCAAGUUCGAGCGUGCUCGUGGCCGAAGACGUUCGCGCGGUUUCAAGGUCUAA